AUGGGCAAGCGUGCCAUGAAGCCGGCGCCCAAGCGCAGGACUGCCGCUACUCCUGCCAUUCCAGCCCACUCGCUGACCAUCGGCAAGCGUGCCAUGAAGCCGGCCAAGGCGGUGGCCAUCCAGGCUACGUUGCACAAGUUCGCAGGUUUCAAGACGCCCAGCCCGAAGAAGCGCCGCAGCAUCACCAGCCCGCCUGCAGUGACGGCAGGCGACGUCGCCGGCAGCAACCUGAGCGACUGCCCGUCUGCAGGUGCGGCAGGCGACAUCGCCGGCGGCAACCUGAGCGACUGGUCUGAUGGUGCUGAUGACGGUAGUGCUGCGACCGAGCCGAUCGACCUCAGUGCUGCGAGGCGGACGGCGGCGGCGGCGUCCGCGUUCGUCGGCCAGGCCGAGGAGCCCACGCCUUCGUCGCCACCAUCCGACGUGGCGCCGGACUCGCCUGGGUCCGCCAUGAUCCGGGCGUCGACGCUGCAGCUGGCGUCGGGCCCGCGCGCGGGCCCCGCCGCGCACCCGCAGCCUGUUGGCGGCGAUGGCGAGGGCCCAGCUGCUGCCGCAGAUGCCGAUGUCGCGCCCGCGGGGCCUGCUGGCGGCGAUGGUGAUGACCCAGCUGCUGUCGCAGACGACGACAUGCUCAGCCCUACCCCACGCAGGCUGGCCACCGCUGUUGCUGACGAGCACCUGAUGGAGACGCUUUGCCUGUCUGCGCCGCCCGCGCGGCCCGCAGCGCCGAGCUCGCCCACGGAGUCUGCGUUGUUUGGCUCGCCCUUCUCCGAUGCGAAGCCUGCAGGUGCCAGCAUCGCUCGGUCCAAUCACCCGCAGUCGCCGCUGCAUCGUGCCCCCCGCCUCGCCAGCCCAAGCAGCUCGAGCGGCGGGAACGCCCCGCCGCCUCCAGUGCCAGAUCCUGCGUGCACCCCUUGGGUCGAGCCCCGCUCGCGCGGCAGUCGUUGGCAAGGCAAGCGGGCCGUCAGGUUCAUGUCGGAGGCAAUGGCAUGGCCCGACCAUGUCUUGGAUCGUCUUGCGGAGGAGUACUCAGUGAAGAACCCUGCCGAGGAGGCUGGCUUGCUCUCUGACGUUUACGACAAGUUCGGCAACGACACGAUCAGUUGCGCGUUCUCGGGCAUCGACGCGCCGGGCGUAGCGAUCGGAGAGUUGUCCAACGCACUGCAGUCUCGCCUGCAGCAGUUCUUCCCCAGGCUGGUGAUCGACCGCGUCCACCCGCUCGUGAUGCAUCACGUCGAGUGGUUCCACGAGUCGCAGCAGGAGCUCUUGAUCAUGCCAGGCUCGAACGCCUGCAUAUACGACGACAUCGAGUGCUUCUUCAAGCCCCAGAUGCGCCCGCUGAUCGACUACCUUCAUGAACACCCAGAUCGCAUCAUGGGUUUGCUUGCCCCGCUCGUGACUACCAACCUGUCGGUGACCCCGACUGCCAGGUGUCUCCGCCAUGGGAAGAGCUGUCGCAUGCAGGCCACGAAGGUUCACUUCGCUGGCACGCCGUGCCCAGACUGGUCGGAUGCAGGCAGUCACUGCGGCACGGCGAGCGUUAGCAUGAUUCAUUUCUUGGCGUGGGUGGGUCUUUGCCGUCUCCUUCAACACCCUGUGAUCGUGCAGGAGAACGUGGAGAAGUUCCCAGUGAGUUUGUUGCAGGAGCUCCUAGGGGACCUGUACCGCAUCGAGACGACGGUCGAGGACUCCGAGCACUACGGCUUCCCAGUUACGCGGGUGCGGAGGUGGACGAUCUUGCUGAACAAGAAGAAGAUCCUCAGCACCGACGUGCCGUUCAGCGACUUCAUGUGUCGCUUCCAUCGGGCUUGCCAGUUCGCUUGGGAGGCCUUCUUCAGGGCCGACAUUGAGGAGAUCAAGGCCGAGCUCAUCGCUGCUGCGAGCAGGAAGAGCUCUCGGUGCAGGCGUUUGGGAUUGACUCCGGAGCUGCUGGACCCGAACGCGUCGGAAUCGUUCGAGCUGGCUUUGACCGAUUGGGAAUACGAUAACAUGAACAGCUAUCGCACCAGCCGGCCAUACUGCAUGUACUCUCUGUACCAGAGCCAUUCUGCUGGGUUUGGUGCCAGGAGCACCGAGAAGACCAUGCACACGCUGAUCAAGAACACUGGCAUGUACUGGGGGGACCGCAGGAAGUCUGGGCAUGUCUCGCGGUGGCUGACCGCGACGGAGUGCCUUGCCACGCAGGCCUUCCCCGUGUGGCCCGACGGCGGCUCCCCGGCGCCGCCGACCAGCAGUUUCCACCUGCCUCGCGCCAGGUCUGUCAUCGUCGCCGGGCAGGCUGGCAACUCGAUGUGCGUGCCAAUCCCAGGCAUCGUGUACCUGUACACGACAACGCAGGCCCGCAGGAUGGACCAGACUCUCAUCGGCCUUGCGCGGGACCUGAGCUUUUCGUGGAGCCUGAGGGCCGUUUAA